GAAAAACGGUGCAGCUGCACAAUGCACAUGAUCAUAAAACUUUAUGGCAUAGUUGCAAACGUUAUAGCAAAGUUGCAAACUCGGCUACUCUACAAUCAUCGGGUUUUGCAACUUGAUUGUUUGCAAAACAGCAUAUCCUUUUUUGUUUGAAGUUUGUACGCAGUACACACCUCAUACCAGGUUGCAAUUUUAUGUGAGCAGCCUGUGUAUAAUUGCUGUUGAAAUUAAAAAUUACUAACUGCCUCAUUAUUUUAAAUCUUUGCACUUCCUGGUGUAUCCGGAAUUCUUCAGCAGACCGCUGCAGACGCUAUAUCUAUAUUAAAAUUAUCCUCGGCAGUCGUCGAUUAUUGUACUAUCUGCCGAUGGAUGCUGCGGAUCCUUUAUGUGAAAGUCAAUCAACGGCCCAGAGCAGGAGCGCAUGGAGUAACGUCCCUCUAACAGUCCAAGGGAAUCGUUUUAGAAGACGCUUUCUAGGUGGAGGAGAGUCUUCUGAUCUCGAACCCAUUAUGGUCGAUCAGGACGACGCGGACGAUAGAACGCUUGCGCAGCUGCCAACCGACACCAGGAAUGCCCACGCAUUCCCCGAAUCGAGCACUGAUGCCAUUCCACCGUUACCACCUCGUGAUCGGGGCGCUAAUCGAGCCGCUCGUCAUCAGCAUGGCCCUCCAUCCACAGGUGGCACACCCAACACGGCGCGUCGCCGCGCAGACGAAGCACGCGCUGCUGCUGAAGACGCGGCCGCCCUUGAUGAACAGGAGGAAGAAGAGUUGAAGUACGGCGCCGAGCAUGUGAUCAAGCUCUUUGUGCCUGUCACACUAUGCAUGGCGGUCGUCGUGGCCACCGUCGCGUCUCUCAGUUAUUACACUGAGAAAGGUGUUUAUCUGCCAUAUACACCAUUCCACGAGCAGGAUGCCAGCUACACAUCCAAAUCGUGGAACGCUCUGGCCAAUGCAGCCAUCAUGUUGGGAGUGAUCAUUGUUAUGACGAUUGUUCUAAUUCUGCUGUAUAAAUACCGUUUCUACAAGGUGAUCCACGGAUGGUUGAUUUUGUCCUCGUUUAUGUUGUUGUUUAUGUUCACGUACAUUUACAUGAACGAACUACUGCGGACGUAUAACAUUCCCAUGGAUUAUAUUACGUUUGCCAUUUUGAUGUGGAAUUUCGGGAUUGUGGGCAUGAUCUGCAUCCAUUAUAUUGGCCCGCUAAUCCUUCAGCAAGCGUAUUUGAUUGUGAUUAGUGCGCUGAUGGCAUUGACUUUCAUCAAGUAUCUCCCUGAUUGGACCACAUGGGCCCUUCUCGUUGCAAUAUCCAUCUGGGAUCUCAUUGCUGUAUUGUGCCCGAAAGGACCGUUGCGGGUUUUGGUUGAAACCGCGCAGGAACGAAAUGAACCUAUCCUUCCUGGUCUUAUAUACACUUCUUCUGUGUUGUAUUCGUACGUGAUGGUUGCGGAUGUGGAUACGGAAACUGGAACACCGCACGAUGGUCGGCCCAGACAUCGUCGCCGAAAUUCCCGAACCUUAGUGGAUAAUGAUGAGGUAGCACAUGCGCUACAUCCGUCGGCUUCGGCACCGACAACGGCUGAGGAAGGGCACGCCGGAAGUGGAGCUCCAAUAGUUCCUCUACAACGCCGCACUCAAAGUGAGCCCGUCAUGAGCGAGCAAGUGGAAGAAGAGCGAGGGAUUCGUCUUGGUUUGGGCGACUUCAUAUUCUACAGUGUUCUAGUUGGUAAAGCAUCCUCUAACGGAGACUGGAACACUACGCUGGCCUGUUUUAUAUCCAUUCUCAUUGGUCUCUGUCUUACGCUGUUGCUGCUGGCCAUGUACCGGAAGGCAUUGCCAGCGUUGCCGAUCUCGAUUACUUUUGGUGUUAUUUUUUACUUCGCUACCAGCAAUGUUGUUAAGCCGUUCCUGGAUAGUCUUGCAAAUGAGCAAGUAUUUUUGUAAAUUUUUUGUUGCAGUUUUAACGAACGAGCAUCAAAUUUAAUUUGCAAUGUGCCAGAUUCGUUCAUAUUCCAAACCGUGAUUCGAUCUGCAACUUCUAAACUGAAGUACUGGCAUGUGACUUUCACUUUUAUAGCUGCACUUGUAUUUAGUUUUGUUUGUAUUUUAUAGAUCUUUGUUCCUGUAAAUGAAGUUGCUUAUCAUUAAUAAGAAUCGAAAUUUGUUGC